GAGAGAGAGAAAGAGAGAAAGAAAUAGAUAGUAAGAAAGAUAGAAGAUCUUAUGCAUACAAUAUAAACAGACUUUAUACGUGUUUACGUACGUACAAGUGCGUGAAAAAGGCAGAAAGAAAGAGAGAGAGAGAGGGAGAGAGAGAGAGAGAGAGAGAGAGAGAGAGAGAGAGAGAAAGAAACAGAAACGUCCCACGCCGAGGUCGAGUAAAGUCUCGAAGGUAGGGAAUCGGCGUUCUCCAUAAGCUAAAAAGUGAACAGAAAGAGAGAGAAGAAAGAGAGAGAGAGAGAGAGAGAGAGGGAGAGAAAGAGAGGAGAGAGAAGAGAGGCCUCGUUCAGAAAGAGAGAGAGAGAGAGAGAGAGAGAGAGAUAGAUAGAGAGAGAGAGACAGAGAAUGAGAUAGAGAGGUGGAGAGAGUCAUCGUGUUUGGUCACUAGGGCCCGCGAGUUGGCCGCAAUGCCACAUCGACGUGCGAUAUCGAGCAGAGAACAUCAGUGAAACACACGCCUCUUCCUGCGAAACGGAGCCUGCAAAGCAACAAAGAGUGGGAGAGAGAAAGAGAGGGAGAAAUAGUGGUAGAGAAGAGAAGAGAAGAGAAGAGAAGAGAAGAGAAGAGAAGAGAAGAGAAGAGAACAGAACAGAAGAGACUAGAAGAGAGAGAGAGAGAGAGAAGAGGACCACCUAGAGGGAGAGAGAGAGUGAGAUAGAGAUAUAACAAUAAACAAAAUAUCACAUACACACAUAUACACACAUACACAAGAGAAAAGUCGUCGAAGAUCUUUUUUUUCCUUAUAUCCAUUUUUUGUUCUUUCACAAUUCUCGUAUUGGCAAAAGUGCGUAUCAUUCGUGGAAUUAUAUCGAAUAAUUUGUAUUACGAUAAACGUAAAUUAACGUGAAGCAAUAGCAAGUGUGAUAAAGAGUAAACUAAUUUUUAUUCAUUGAUUGAAAUAAAAGAAAAGAAAAGAAAAGAAAAACCAAGGGAAAAGAAAAGAAAAGAAAAGAAAAAAGAAGAAGAGGAGAAAGGAAGAAAACGAAGAGAUACAAAAACGGGAAUAAUAAUCUAUAAGCGAGGUGUGCGAGAAGCGUUUACGUUAGAAAGAAGAGAUAACUGAUCUAUUUAUAGAUAAUUAUCUCAAUUGUUUUUGAAAUUAUCAUCGUAAUAUAUAAUAUCCGAACGAUAAUACGUCGCAAUUGAUCUAAUUAGAUAGAACUUCGAUAAAUACAAACAUAUAUAUAUAUAUAUAUAUAUAAAUACGAUAUAAAGACGGAUCAUCGUAAGGAUGACGUUAAAUCGUAAAAAAGAUUCAACGGGGAAUGUUCGUGGGACAAAAGAUGGCGGCGAUAGGACGAUAAUAACGUCAUCCAGUCGAAAUAAUACAGGAGAUAUACAGGCAUCUACUGGUACGAGUGUUGUUGAAACAGUGGUAUUGUCAUCCAGUAGCGUACACGAAGAAGCAAAGAAAACAAUAGUAGAGAGCGAAUCCAGAAGUAGCAUCGUUGAAAGUAGUAAUACAAGUCGCGAGGUUAUCAUGGAUUCCAAAGGUAAUGUUAUACGGGUGAUCGAGAAAACUUCACCGAUAUCGGCAACGAAAAGUUCGAUCGAAAGGACCGGCAAAAGUUCGGAGGAUUUUAUUAUCGCGGAAAAAAUAAUUAAACAGGAUGGGAAAACUUUAAUGCAAGAUCAAAGAUCCAAAAGUCAAUGUGAAAGAUCCAAAAUGGUUUCCACUUCGACUAGUAAUAUACAAGAGACUAUUGAUCAUCAUGGUGAUAUAAAAGUGUUAUCGUCUAAUACGAUAGAAACUAGACAGGCUAAUAAAGAAUCGAAAGAAGAAAUAACGAAGAAUGGUGAUACCAUCAGUAGUAACAUUCAAAGUAUCAAAGAAUCGUCUGAGAUGAUUGAUGACAAUGGGAAAAUAUUGUCGUCUAAUAGCCGAAGUGUCGAAAAUGAAACGAAAUUUUUACCGGUCGAACAACAACAACAACAACAACAACAACAACAACAACUACCACGGGCAUCACGUAUUGUUAAAUUUACAGAUGACGACGUCAAGGAGACAUCAGGUGAAAGUACCGUCCUUGAUAAUUCGAUUAAAUCAGGACGAACUAACGUUUGGGAUGGUACAUUUAUAAACGAACGAAAUACAAAGUCUUAUAGUGAGAGAAAAAAUGAUAAUAUAAUGAUUAGCAACGUGUUGCUGGAUGGUGGAACGAUUGACGAAAGAGAUGCCGGGACAGGCAUUGAAAUCACCAACGAACAAAGUUCAAAUACGAUCAGAGAGAUGUCCUCGAUGAUUCAAGAAACGUCAAAGGAUAGUUCGAAAUUAUUAAUCGAUACUGCUGAUGUUCGUCGUAAAAAACUUGGCGAAUCUACUUGGGAUGGUCGUUUCGUUUAUGAGAAACCUAAAGAAACGAAAAGACGAGGUAAUAUUUCGGAUGCCAAUAUUUUUAGGCAUAAUAAUAAUAAUAAUAAGGAUGAUAUCAUUGAAUCAACGCAAAGAAGUGAUUACAAAGAAAAAAAUUUAGAUGGUACCUAUGAAAAAGAAUUGUCUAACGUCGUACACGUUCGCGAAGGAUCAACGGACACAUCGAGAUUUAUCUCGGAAGAAAAAAUCAGUAGUGCCAAGGAGAGUCAAAUUUAUACGGAUCAAUCAAAGUUAUUAGAUAAAAAUCAAUUUGAUGCAAAUAAAAAUAUACGAUACGAUAACAAACAAGAUCUCGAUAAAACCGUUGUAAGAAGAAAGGAUAAAUUGAGAGAUGUAAUAAUGGACGUACAAGAUAUAACGGAGGAGCAACAAAAUAUAUCGAAUAUGUCCGAAUACGUAUCGAGCUCAUACGUGGUCGAAUAUGCGAGUUCGAGCGAUGCAAAAAAUAUCGAAUUGGUAACAUCAGUAUCGGAAACGAUUCACGAGGAGGACGUUGAGAAUAUAGGUAUUGGAAGAUCGUCAUCAAUUAAAAAAGAUCAUCGAAGUUACAAACCUGGCGAAUCGACCUGGGACGGUAGUUUCGUUUACGAGAGAUCACCAAAAUUGGAUCGUCGACGAAGACCAGCUGACGAGACAUUUGUAAUUCAUGACGUGAGCGAGGAUCAUUCGAUAAACGAAGCCGACAUUUCGACGACAUCUUACAUAGUCGAACAUUCCUCGAGUCAACAGAGUUUCACUGAUAUUAAAGAUAGUUCGUCAAUGGAAACGAUUGUUCAUCAGAGUCCAAAAAGAUUAAUUGGUAAGCCAGGUACAUCCAGUUGGGAUGGUACAUUUAUUUUCGAAAAACCCGAAGACAUAAAAAGAUCAUCUAGUAGAACCGAACAACAAAAAGUCAGUGAUUUAUCGAAACGAGGAGAAACUAAUGUUAAUAUUUCAUUGGAGGACAAACCUAGGAAACACGUGAGCGACGUUACUCUCGAUAUUCACGAUAGAAUAACAUCAGAGACAUUUACCGACACCAAUCUGGUUAAAUUGGAUCGUAAGACGAAAACUCAUGACAGUUACUACAACGAUACGUCCAAUCUUGAUUUCUCUUCUACUUCCGUUGAAACGGUCGUCCAACGAGAUGGACAACAACCGGUGACCUCGAGCCAACGAACUAUUACAUUAGAAGAUCGACCUGAAACUCCGGACACUGGAAUAAGACGUAUCGCUGAGGGAUCGAAGGAAUCGUUGCAUGUUCAAGAUAGAACAUAUCGACCUAGCAAACCAGGCUCGUCUACUUGGGAUGGUUCCUUCGUUUACGAAAAAUUGGAUGAUAGAAAGACGUCAAGUUCGAUGAUCGUGAAGGAUAGUAAAGAUUUUGUUAGUUCAACCGAAUUAAAAACAACGUCAACAAAUGAAAUUGUUAAUAAAUCGAAAAUUAUUGAGGAUAUUACUGAUGAUACGAAACGUUUAAAGGAAUUUAAUGGAUCAAAAAGUCCAAUCGAUGAAUCAAUUCGACGACCUUUGAAACCAGGUACUUCGACCUGGGAUGAUUCUUUCAUACAGGAUAAAAAUAUAUCGACUACGGACAUGAGAACAUCAAUUAUAUCGAAAGAUAUUUCGAAAGAUUUAACAAGUUCAACUAAAGUUAUAAGUACAACAAAUGAGAUUAUUGAUUCUAUCGAUUCGUCGAAGAUUAUUCAAGAUGAUAUUUCUUAUGAGAAAAGAUUUAUCGGAGAAUCUAAUGGAUAUGAUAAGAGAGAUAAAAGUCCGGAAAAGAAAUCAAUAGACAGGACUAUACGACCUUCGAAGCCUGGUGCUUCGACCUGGGAUGGUUCGUUUGUUUAUGAAAAACCACAGGAUUCUAAAAGGAAACCAACAGACAUUGAGAAAUCUUUAUUCUCUUCUUCUGAUCUAAAAAAGUCUGAAGAUUUAAAAACAAUUUCACGAUUGCCCAUUGAUCAAGAAAUGAUCGAUAAAUCGAUCGAAAGAACAACCUUUUCGACAUUCGUGGAAGAUGUUAGGGAUGUUCAGGACAUUACUGACGUCACAGAUAUUACUACGUUUAAAUCAGAUUUAAAGAAUAUUACAAAUAUUACUGAUGUCACUGAUGUUACCAUGUUCAAAUCGGACGUUCGAGAUAUACACGAAGAACAUGUCAUCAACGAAUUUAUCACGGAUACACGUAAGGACACUGUGAGAGAUGUCACUAAAUCAACGAAAGAAUUCAUCGAAACAGAGCAGGUGACUAGUAUGGUAGCUCGAGAUGUCGUCGACGAUAUUCGGUUUGAGAGGAUCACCAGCUCAACUCCUAAACCAACGACCGAUCCCACGAGAAAAACGUCCCCAGAAAGACUUGGUUAUCCUCAAGGAAUACCAGGGAUUAGGGAAGACGAUCGAACGAAAUCGAUUCCAGCUGCUGGAAAACCAUCUCGCCCUCAGCAACCAGAAAAAAGUCCUACGGAUGAUAUCAAAAAGCCGACCGAUGGAGGGAAACCACGAGAUUACGUCUCACCGACGAGAAAGCAGCAACCAAUACCAGCGGCCGGCAAACCAAGUAGACCGGAAGAGAGAUCAUCAAGUCCAGAGAAGCUUGGAAAAGUUGAAAAAUUGUUGAUUCGUCCAGAAGAUGAUAAACCAGUUGAAGGAAAACCCAGUCGUCCAGAGGAUAGACCAGCUGCAGGGAAACCAAGCCGUCCUGAUGAAAAAUCAAUUGCAAGCAAACCAAGUCGUCCUGAUGAAACUCAUGAAAGACCAGCUGCAGGAAAACCUAGUCGUCCUGAUGACAGAUAUAUUGUUGACAAACCCACUCGUCCUGAUGAAACUCAUGAAAGACCAGCUGCAGGGAAACCUAGUCGUCCUGAUGACAGACGUACUGUAGACAAACUCAGUCAUCCUGAUGAAAUUCAUGAAAGACCAGCUGCAGGGAAACCUAGUCAUCCUGAUGACAGACGUACUGUAGACAAACUCAGUCAUCCUGAUGAAAUUCAUGAAAGACCAGCUGCAGGGAAACCUAAUCGUCCUGAUGACAGACGUACUGUUGACAAACCCACUCAUCCUGAUGAAAUUCAUGAAAGACCAGCUGCAGGAAAACCUAGUCGUCCUGAUGACAGACGUAUUGUUGACAAACCCACUCAUCCUGAUGAAACUCAUGAAAGAUCAGUUGCAGGAAAACCUAGUCGUCCUGAUGACAGACGUAUUGUUGACAAACCCACUCAUCCUGAUGAAAUUCAUGAAAGACCAGCUGCAGGAAAACCUAGUCGUCCUGAUGACAGACGUACUGUAGACAAACUCAGUCAUCCUGAUGAAAUUCAUGAAAGACCAGCUGCAGGGAAACCUAGUCGUCCUGAUGACAGACGUACUGUUGACAAACCCACUCAUCCUGAUGAAAUUCAUGAAAGACCAGCUGCAGGAAAACCUAGUCGUCCUGAUGACAGACGUACUGUAGACAAACUCAGUCAUCCUGAUGAAAUUCAUGAAAGGCCAGCUGCAGGAAAACCUAGUCGUCCUGAUGACAGACGUACUGUAGACAAACUCAGUCAUCCUGAUGAAAUUCAUGAAAGGUCAGCUGCAGGAAAACCUAGUCGUCCUGAUGACAGACAUAUUGUUGACAAACCCACUCAUCCUGAUGAAAUUCAUGAAAGACCAGCUGCAGGAAAACCUAGUCGUCCUGAUAGAAAACCAGCUGCAGGCAAACCCAGUCGUCCUGACGAGCCUGAUGAAAGAUCAGUUGCAGGGAAACCUAGUCGUCCUGAUGACAGAUAUGCUGUAGACAAACUCAGUCGUCCUGAUGACUUUGAUGAAAGACCAGCUGCAGGGAAACCUAGUCGUCCUGAUAAAAAACCAGCUGCAGGCAAACCCAGUCGUCCUGACGAGCCUGAUGAAAGAUCAGUUGCAGGGAAACCUAGUCGUCCUGAUGACAGAUAUGCUGUAGACAAACUCAGUCGUCCUGAUGAAUUUGAUGAAAGACCAGCUGCAGGGAAACCUAGUCGCCCUGAUAAAAAACCAGCUGCAGGCAAACCCAGUUUUCCUGACGAGUCUGAUGAAAGAGCAGCUGCAGGGAAGCCUAGUCGUCCUGACGAAAGCUCAAUUAUAGGAAAACCAAGUUAUUUUGAUGAACCUGAUGUAAGAUCAACUGAAGACAAACCCAGUCGUCCAGAGGAUAGCCGACCAGCUGCAGGCAAACCCAGUCGACCAGUUGAUAGACCAAUUGCUGCUAAACCCAGUCGUUUUGAUGAACCUGAUGAUAUAUCAAUUGAAGAUAAACCCAGUUAUCCUGAUGAAAGACCGGCCGCAGGGAAACCCAGUCGUUCUGAUGAACAUCCAAUUACAGGAAAAUUCGAUCGUCCUGAUGAGAAACCAGGAAAGCAUAGACGUGGUGAUCAAUCACCGGAUUCUAUUGCCGAUUCUGAAAUAACGCCAACGCCAUCAGAAAUCCUUUCGCGUUUGCCAUUAAAGGAACAGUGUAUCUGUGAACUUUGUACUUGUGGACGCCAUCGUUGUCCGCACAAUCUUCCCGAAGAUCAUAUAGAUAUUUCACGCGAUGAGCCGGUACACGUGGUCAGUUCGUAUCGUGAAGAAUUUGAUGAGAAACACGUGGACAGACAGCACAGAUACCACCAUGAAGAUCACUUACACAUGGAGGGUGAAUUUGUAGGAGAGAGACGUACCGAUUAUGUGGCCACUUAUGGCGAGAGAGCACCUGUAAGAAAACCACAAGACCAUUUGAAACCUGAGGGUGAGUUUAUUGGAAGGCCAAAGGUAGAAGCACCAACCAGAGGUGAAAGAGCACCAACCAGAAAGCCACAGGACAAUCUUAAACCAGAAGGUGAAUUUAUUGGAAGGCCACAUGAGGAAGCUCCUAAAUAUGGCGAACGUGUUCCAGUUGUCAAACCAAAAGACAAUCUCAGACCUGAAGGUGAUUUUGAAAGUGUGACAACAACAGAGCUGGUGUUCACCGGGGUACCCGGCGAACGACCAAGCCCAGUACGUCGAAAUACAUAUACUAAGGUUGAAGGUGAAUUCAUUGAUGAAACUACAACGAGAUCAGAAUAUAUUGAUCAUCGUAGCAUCCAACGUGCGGAGAUUAUUAAACGUACGGAUAACCUCACCGUAGGAGAGGGUGAAUUCACGGGAACCUCCCAUUUGAAAGAGGAUUUCCAUAAGUAUGAUGUCGUUGAACGUGAACCAAGACGUCGUCCAAUUUAUAGAGAAGAGGAUGAUAGAUUUUACAGUAAAACGGAUGUUGUUGAGAGUACGACUACUACGCACGAAGAGUAUAAAACGUUCGAUGAAAUUGAUUACAUUAGUAAUACAGUUAUGAGACGUGAUGAUAAUUUGAGACCAGUAGGACCGAUUGAAUGGACAUCACAUGUGAAAGAUGAUUAUAUUGUACCGGCGAUAACGCAAAGACCUGAACAGAAAAGACCUAAGGACAAUUUGAGACCAGAAGGGCCGUUUGAGGGACGUCCUAGAGAUGAUUAUAAACCAACUCGAGGAGAAAGAGCUGAUGUUAAACGGCCUGAAGAUAAUUUGCGACCGGAAGGACCAUUCGAGGGACGACCUAAGGACGAUUAUACUCCGAAACGUGCAGACAGACCAGAAGUUAGAAGGCCUGAGGAUAAUUUGAGACCAGAAGGGCCGUUCGAGGGACGACCUAGAGAUGAUUAUAAACCAACUCGAGGUGAAAGAGCUGACGUUAAACGGCCUGAAGAUAAUUUGCGACCAGAAGGACCAUUCGAGGGACGACCUAAGGACGAUUAUACUCCGAAACGUGCAGAGAGACCAGAAGUUAGAAGGCCUGAGGAUAAUUUGAGACCAGAAGGGCCGUUUGAGGGACGUCCUAGAGAUGAUUAUAAACCAACUCGAGGAGAAAGAGCUGAUGUUAAACGGCCUGAAGAUAAUUUGCGACCGGAAGGACCAUUCGAGGGACGACCUAAGGACGAUUAUACUCCGAAACGUGCAGACAGACCAGAAGUUAGAAGGCCUGAGGAUAAUUUGAGACCAGAAGGGCCGUUUGAGGGACGUCCUAGAGAUGAUUAUAAACCAACUCGAGGAGAAAGAGCUGAUGUUAAACGGCCUGAAGAUAAUUUGCGACCGGAAGGACCAUUCGAGGGACGACCUAAGGACGAUUAUACUCCGAAACGUGCAGACAGACCAGAAGUUAGAAGGCCUGAGGAUAAUUUGAGACCAGAAGGGCCGUUUGAGGGACGUCCUAGAGAUGAUUAUAAACCAACUCGAGGUGAAAGAGCUGACGUUAAACGACCUGAAGAUAAUUUGCGACCAGAAGGACCAUUCGAGGGACGACCUAAGGACGAUUAUACUCCUAAACGUGCAGAGAGACCAGAAGUUAGAAGGCCUGAGGAUAAUUUGAGACCAGAAGGGCCGUUUGAGGGACGUCCUAGAGAUGAUUAUAAACCAACUCGAGGAGAAAGAGCUGACGUUAAACGGCCUGAAGAUAAUUUGCGACCAGAAGGCCCAUUCGAGGGACGACCUAAAGAUGAUUAUUCACCGAAGCGUGCAGAGAGGCCAGAAGUUAGAAAGCCUGAAGACAAUUUGAGACCAGAAGGACUGUUCGAAGGACGCCCUAGAGAUGAUUAUAAACCAACUCGAGGAGAAAGGGCUGAUGUUAAACGACCCGAAGAUAAUUUGCGACCAGAAGGACCAUUCGAGGGACGACCUAAGGACGAUUACACUCCAAAACGUGCAGAGAGACCAGAAGUUAGAAGGCCUGAGGAUAAUUUGAGACCAGAAGGGCCGUUCGAGGGACGCCCUAGAGAUGAUUAUAAACCAACUCGAGGUGAAAGAGCUGACGUUAAACGACCUGAAGAUAAUUUGCGACCAGAAGGACCAUUCGAGGGACGACCUAAGGACGAUUAUACUCCGAAACGUGCAGAGAGACCAGAAGUUAGAAGGCCUGAGGAUAAUUUGAGACCAGAAGGGCCGUUUGAGGGACGCCCUAGAGAUGAUUAUAAACCAACUCGAGGUGAAAGAGCUGACGUUAAACGGCCUGAAGAUAAUUUGCGACCAGAAGGACCAUUCGAGGGACGACCUAAGGACGAUUAUACUCCGAAACGUGCAGAGAGACCAGAAGUUAGAAGGCCUGAGGAUAAUUUGAGACCAGAAGGGCCGUUUGAGGGACGUCCUAGAGAUGAUUAUAAACCAACUCGAGGAGAAAGGGCUGAUGUUAAACGACCUGAAGAUAAUUUGCGACCAGAAGGGACAUUCGAGGGACGACCUAAAGAUGAUUAUUCACCAAAACGUGCAGAGAGGCCAGAAGUUAGAAAGCCUGAAGACAAUUUGAGACCAGAAGGACUGUUCGAAGGACGCCCUAGAGAUGAUUAUAAACCAACUCGAGGAGAAAGGGCUGAUGUUAAACGACCCGAAGAUAAUUUGCGACCAGAAGGACCAUUCGAGGGACGACCUAAGGACGAUUACACUCCAAAACGUGCAGAGAGACCAGAAGUUAGAAGGCCUGAGGAUAAUUUGAGACCAGAAGGGCCGUUCGAGGGACGCCCUAGAGAUGAUUAUAAACCAACUCGAGGUGAAAGAGCUGACGUUAAACGACCUGAAGAUAAUUUGCGACCAGAAGGACCAUUCGAGGGACGACCUAAAGAUGAUUAUUCACCGAAACGUUCAGAAAGACCUCAUGUAAUACGUCCAGAAGACAACUUAAGACCAGAAGGACCAUUCGAAGGUCGUCCCAAAGAUGAUUACAUGCCAACCAGAGGUGAGAGAGCUGAUGUUAAGCGUCCAGAAGAUAAUUUGCGCCCUGAAGGACCGUUUGAAGGUAGACCCAGAGAUGAUUACAAACCAACUCGAGGAGAAAGGGCUGAUGUUAAACGACCUGAAGAUAAUUUGCGACCAGAAGGACCAUUCGAGGGACGACCUAAAGAUGAUUAUUCACCGAAACGUGCAGAAAGGCCUCAUGUAAUACGUCCAGAAGACAACUUAAGAACAGAAGGACCAUUCGAAGGUCGUCCCAAAGAUGAUUACAUGCCAACCAGAGGCGAGAGAGCUGAUGUUAAACGUCCUGAAGAUAAUUUGCGACCAGAAGGACCAUUUGAAGGUAGACCUAAGGAUGACUAUUCACCAAAACAUGCGGAAAGACCAGACGUAAAACGUCCAGAAGAUAAUUUGCGCCCAGAAGGACUAUUCGAAGGAAGACCAAAAGAUGAUUAUUCUCCGAAACGUGCAGAUAGACCUCAUGUAAUACGUCCAGAAGACAACUUAAGACCAGAAGGACCAUUCGAAGGUCGUCCAAAAGAUGAUUACAUGCCAACCAGAGGCGAGAGAGCUGAUGUUAAACGUCCUGAAGAUAAUUUGCGACCUGAAGGUCCAUUUGAAGGUAGACCAAGAGACGAUUACAAACCAACUCGAGGUGAAAGGGCCGAUGUUAAGAGGCCAGAAGAUAAUUUGCGCCCAGAAGGACCAUUCGAAGGAAGACCAAAAGAUGAUUAUUCUCCGAAACGUGCAGAUAGACCUCAUGUAAUACGUCCAGAAGACAACUUAAGACCAGAAGGACCAUUCGAAGGUCGUCCAAAAGAUGAUUACAUGCCAACCAGAGGCGAGAGAGCUGAUGUUAAGCGUCCUGAAGAUAAUUUGCGACCUGAAGGUCCAUUUGAAGGUCGUCCUAAGGAUGAUUAUUCGCCUAAACGUGCAGAAAGACCUGAAGUGAAACGUCCAGAAGAUAAUUUAUAUCCAGAGGGGCUAUUCGAAGGUCGUCCCAAAGAUGAUUAUUCCCCUAAGCGAGUAGAAAGACCAGAAGUUAAACGUCCUGAAGAUAAUUUGAGGCCGGAAGGUCUAUUUGAAGGUAGACCAAGAGAUGAUUACAAACCAACUCGAGGUGAAAGGGCUGAUGUCAAACGUCCAGAGGAUAAUUUAAAACCAGAAGGUCCAUUCGAAGGUCGUCCCAAAGAUGAUUAUUCACCUAAACGUGCAGAACGACCAGAAGUAAAGCGUCCAGAGGACAAUCUUCGACCAGAAGGUGACUUCGAUAGGCCAGAAAUAUCUCCAGUAGGACCAGCAGAACGUCGUUCACCAAUCAAACAUCCAGAUAAUCUCAAACCUGAAGGUGACUUCAUUGGUAAACCUAAAGAUGACUUUAAACCUACAAAAGGUGAACGUGCUGAUGUUAAAAAACCUGAAGAUCAUCUCAGACCUGAAGGUCCAUUUGAAGGUCGUCCUAAAGAUGAUUAUAAACCCACUCGUGGGGAGAGAGCUGACGUCAAACGUCCGGAGGACAAUUUAAAACCAGAAGGACCAUUCGAAGGUCGUCCCAAAGAUGACUACUCACCAAAACGAGCAGAACGACCAGAAGUAAAGCGUCCAGAAGACAAUCUUCGACCAGAAGGUGAUUUCGAUAGGCCAGAAAAAUCUACAGUGGGACCAGCUGAACGUCGUUCACCAAUCAAACAUCCAGACAAUCUCAAACCCGAAGGUGACUUCAUUGGUAGACCUAAAGAUGACUUUAAACCUACCAAAGGUGAACGUGCUGAUAUUAAGAAACCUGAAGAUAAUCUCAGACCAGAAGGUCCAUUCGAAGGUCGUCCUAAAGAUGAUUACUUAACAACUCGUGGUGAACGCAUGGACGUUAUCAGACGUACUGACAACUUGCGAAUGGAAGGUGAUAUUGAAACUUAUAGAUCACGUGAUGAGUACACCGAUUUCAUCAUACGUGAACGUACCGAAGUUGUCAAGUAUCAGGACAAUUUAAGAAUGGAAGGUGAAUUCACUGAUAUCAGAACGAGAGACGAUUAUAAGGUCGUCAAAGGUGAUCGAGCUGACAUCGUACGUCACCCUGACAACCUCAAAUCCGAAGGUCCUUUCGAAGGUCUUCCCAAAGAUGAUUACUCACCGAAAAGAGCCGAACGUCCAGAAAUCAAAAGACCAGAAGAUAAUUUGAAACCAGAAGGAGAUUUUAUAGGUCGUCCAAAAGAAGAAACACCUAAACGUGGGGAAAGAGCUGAUGUCAAGAGACCUAAAGACAACCUACGUCCUGAGGGUGACUUCGAGAGACCAGAAAAAGUCCCAAUGGGUCCUAGCGAAAGAAGAUCACCUAUCAAACAUCCAGAUAAUCUCAAACCUGAAGGUGAAUUUAUGUCAAGGCCUAAAGAAGAGACACCGAUAAAAGGUGAUAGAGCUGAAGUUAAAAGACCCAAAGACAAUUUGAAACCUGAAGGUGACUUCGAACGUCCUGAACAUGAAGAGUAUCAGCCAGCUGAGAGGCCAGAAAUGAAAAAACCCAAAGAUAAUCUCAAAACUGAAGGUGAAUUUGAUAGACCACAGAUAAAGAAGUUUGGACCGGCUGAAAAGAGGACUCCUAUCAAACAUCCGGAUAAUUUGAAACCGGAAGGUGAAUUUUUAGGUAAACCUAAAGAAGAGGCACCAAAACGUGGUGAAAGAGUUGACAUUAAGAAACCAAAGGAUAACUUAUAUCCAGAAGGUGAAUUCGAUAGACCUGUUAAAUCUCCAGCUAAACCUGCCGAGAAACGUACGCCUAUAAAACAUCCUGAUAAUCUCAAACCCGAAGGUGACUUCACAGGUAGACCUAAAGAUGACUUUAGACCUACCAAAGGUGAACGUGCUGAUGUUAAGAAACCUGAAGAUAAUCUCAGACCAGAAGGUCCAUUCGAAGGUCGUCCUAAAGAUGAUUACGUAACAACUCGUGGUGAACGCAUGGACGUUGUCAGACGUACCGACAAUCUGCGAAUGGAGGGUGAUAUUGAAACUUAUAGAUCACGUGAUGAGUAUACUGAUUUCAUCUUACGUGAACGUGCCGAAGUCGUCAAGUAUCAGGACAAUUUAAGGAUGGAAGGUGAAUUUACUGAUAUUAGAACUAGAGACGAUUUCAAAGUAGUCAGAGGUGAACGAGUAGAUAUAGUCAGGCACGAGGAUAAUCUCAAGUCCGAAGGUCUUUUCGAAGGUCGGCCCAAGGAUGAUUAUUCGCCAAAGAAAGUGACCAGACCAGAAAUCAAGAAACCAGAAGAUAACUUGAAACCUGAAGGUGAAUUUGAGAGGCCUGAAAAGACACCAGUUGGACCAGCAGAACGUAGAUCGCUUAUCAAACAUGAUGACAAUUUGAAGCCUGAAGGUGAAUUUAUUGGUCGUCCAAAGGAACAGGCACCUAAGAAAGGUGAAAGAGCUGACGUAAAGAAGCCUAAAGAUAACCUGAAGCCGGAAGGAGACUUUGAAAGGCCAGAGAAAAAGCCUGUUGGCCCAGCCGAAAGAAGAACACCAAUAAAACAUGCGGACAAUUUGAAACCCGAAGGUGAGUUUGUCCAGAGAUCUAAAGAAGUGACACCUGGUAAAGGUGAUCGAGCUGCUAUCAAGAAACCUAAAGACAAUUUGAAACCAGAAGGUGAAUUUGAUAGACCAGAAAAGACAGCAGUUGGACCAGCUGAGAGAAGAACACCUAUCAAACGUCCUGAUAAUCUUUAUCCAGAAGGUGAAUUUGUGGGUCGUCCGAAAGAGAAGACACCUGGGAAAGGUGAAAGAGCUGAUGUCACGAGACCUAAAGACAAUCUUCGUUCAGAAGGAACAUUCGAGAGACCAGAGAAAAUCUCAGUUGGACCAGCUGAAAGACGAUCACCAAUUAAACACGAGGACAAUCUUUAUCCCGAAGGUGAAUUUGUUGGUAGACCUAAAGAUGAUUUCACACCGAAACGCGCUGAACGUCCUAUUCAAAAGAGACCAAAGGACAAUCUCAAACCCGAAGGUGAAUUUGUUGGCAAGCCUAAAGACGAUUAUAAACCUGGCAAGGCAGAAAAAACUGAGAUCGUAAUUCAUCGUGACAAUUUGAAGAUGGAGGGUGACAUUCACGUACAUAGAUCAAGAGAUGAUUAUACUACAACAUCCAGAAUUGAACGAACAGAUGUCAUUCGUAGAGAAGAUAAUCUCAAAGUGGAAGGUGAAUUUAUUGAUAUUCGAAGACGUGACGAUUAUAGAGUGACACGUGGGGAACGUAGCGAGAUCAUCAGGCAUGAAGAUAAUCUUCGUCCAGAAGGUGACUUUGAACGUCCCGAUAAGGUACCAGUAGGUCCAGCAGAAAGAAGAACACCGAUCAAACAUCCAGACAAUUUGAAACCUGAAGGUGAUUUUGUUCAAAGACCAAAAGAAUCAACGCCUGGCAAAGGUGAUCGAGCAGCUAUUAAGAAACCCAAGGACAACUUGAAACCGGAAGGUGAAUUUGAUAGACCAGAAAAGACAAUAGUUGGACCUGCUGAACGAAGGACGCCAAUCAAGCACCCUGAUAAUCUCCAUCCAGAAGGUGAUUUCAUUGGUAGACCUAAAAAAGAGACUCCAGGUCGUGGCGAUCGAGCUGAUGUUAAGAAACCAAAGGACAAUCUUCGUCCAGAAGGUGAAUUUGCUAAACGUACACCGAAAAAACUCGAACCAGCUGAGAAACGUGGUCCGAUUCGACACGAAGACAAUUUGCACGUCGAAGGAGAAUUUUAUAUCGUUCCGAAGGAUGAUUAUAGUCCUCAGAAAGCUGAACGUUCACCGAUUAAGAAACCACAGGAUAAUCUUAGACCCGAAGGUGAAAUGCAGAUAAUGCCAACUUCGAAAGAAGAUUACAAAUACACGAAUGGUGAAAGAAUGGAAGUACGUCGUCACGAAGAUCAUUUACGUAUGGAAGGUGAUUUGGAUGUACGACGAUCUAGAGAUGAUUACAAGAUCACCAAAGUUGAACGAGUAGAUAUAAAGAAAAGAGAGGAUCAUUUAAGAAUGGAAGGUGAAUUUAUAGAUGUUAGAAGAAAAGACGAUUACACAUACGUUGCUGGCGAACGAGUGUCUGUUAAAAGACAAUCGGAUCAUUUACGUCCCGAGGGAGACUUUGAUAGACCUCAAAAGAGUCAGUUGGGUCCAGCCGAACGAAGAUCACCUAUCAAACAUCCUGACAAUUUAAAAUCAGAAGGUGACUUCGAACGUAGGACACCGGAAAAAAUGAAACCAGGUGAAAGACGUUCACCCAUUCGUCAUGUUGACAAUUUGAAGCCGGAAGGUGAUUUUGUAGGUCGAUCACGUGAUGAUUAUACGAUUAAACGAGGUGAAAGAAGCGAGGUUAUCAGGAGAGAAGAUAAUUUGAAACUGUCAGGUGAUUUCCAGGGUACCAGCAUGCAAAAAUCGACAUAUACCGCAGUACGUGGUGAACGUGCUGAGGUUAAACGUCAUGAAGAUAAUCUCAAGGUCAGUACUGAUAGUAUGGAAACGAAGACAACCAGUAAGGACACGUUCACACCUAUAAAGAAGGAUUUGUCACAUGGUGAUAAACAAAUAAGUCGAAGACGUCACAUGGAAUCGUCGAUCAAUUUAGGUGACGACACUACCGUCAUGACAACGACCAAUCAAAGAAAUUAUAACACUUAUACCAAACGUGGUAAAGAAAUAGACACACAGAUCAACAAUCUCGAAUCAGAUAUCAAGAAGAAUAUUUCCGUAGUGAAAAAGUUAACAACAACUUCAGUACAAUCCGAUCAACAUGUCUCUUCGGCUCAUAACGUACACCAACAGACUAUUGUCGACCGUCGUAAUGUCCAAACGAUUGGCAACGAACAACAACAUCAUCAACAUCAUCAUCAUCAUCUUCAACAACAGCAACAGCAACACUUGAACGAACAUCAGCAGAGAAUCUAUUCCAAUGAGCAACACUCUAGAUCCCAAAAUCUAUCCCAAUCACGGCGUACAUUAGAUGAUAGAUCCGUCGAUCAUCAAUCUCGGCAAGGGCAGCUUUUGAAGGACAACAAGCAGAUACAAGAUACACAUAAACAGAUCCAAGAGAGUAGUAAACGUGAUUAUGUAAAUUCAAUGCAUAUGGAGAAACGUCAGAGCAGUGCUAUUAGACAUUCCAAACAGCAUUACGAUCAGCACACUGUAUCUAGCCAAGCUAAAUACAACGGUAAUCAAGCUAAUAGUACCGAAUUUAAACAAGCAAUUUCUGGAUCCUCGAUCAUAAACGAUGAUAGCCAUGAACAAUCGGCCUAUACUAAAAAGUCUCAUCAUAGAAAAAAUAUUAUAUCGUCGUCGUCAGCUGACGUAACCAAUUCUGUACUUCAUCGUCGUAGUGGUAUGACUACGUCCACGGAAGCUUUACAUACGAUAUCGUCUACUGCAGCUGAUCAAAAAAAGAGUCUCUCAAAUUUAGCUGAAAGUGGACAAUACAUAAGCAAUUCGAGUCAGAGUAAUGACAGACGUAGCUUGACCUCGUUGCACCGUAACAACAAGGACGCAAAUCUUUGGGCAUCGUCUACCUACGAAAGACCACAGAGAAUCAUCAGGCAAGAUAAUUUGACAGUCGGUGGUAUAUUUUAUUCCCAUAGCGAGGCUAAAACUUAUGGGAAUUUUGCUAAUACUCAAAAAAUCGAAAGGGUACAAAAACAAUCGAACGUGUCGCAUAUUAAAUUGGGCGACGGCAAUCAUGUUACUUCUAGCAUGUAUAAAAAGGAAUAUGCGCCUAAACACAAAGGUCCCUGUCCUGCGUCCUUAAUCGAAUCGAAACAAACACCCUUCAAACAUACCAGGGACACACCCAAACAUAAAUUUUAUAUGCCACUUGUUUCGAAUUAAAUUUAUUUAAGAUCUAAUGAUCCUAAAUAGGAUUUAAGAUCAUGGAUCCUA